AAAAGGCUCAUCUAACAACCUACCGAGGGCUACGAACUUCCUUCUUCCACCUCUUUCUUGUGCAAUUUCGACCUCUUUUCUGCUUCUGCAACAAUGGCGAAAGGCCAUCUCUGUUUUCUUCUCCCAUUGCUGCUUGCUUUCAUCUUCGUCUCCAAUCACCCUGUCAGAUGCGACGAUGAUGAUCUUCAUAGAGGCAUCAACAGAUAUCGAGCAUCCUUGAACUUGCCAGCGCUCGUCGAGAAUGACAAUGCGGAGUGCCUAGCUGAUGAAAUUGCUGAGAAAUUCAAGAAUCAACCUUGUACAAACACCACAGGUUCCAACACAAUAUCAGGCACUGAACCUCAGUUUGCUGACUUUCCAAACUUAUUAGCCAAAUGCCAUUUGAAUGUCUCCAACACAAGAGAUGGAACCAUAAUGCCUGCCUGUGUUCCGAACCGUGUCGCUGAUCUUGUUCUUACAAACUUCACAAAAUCUCAGUACUCAGGUAAACUUAACGAUACCAAGUACACGGGAAUCGGCAUCGGUACUGAAGACGAUUGGAUUGUCGUUAUUCUUACCACCAGCACAGCAGAAGGAAGUUUUGCGUCAGCAGUAGCAUCAAAGAACACAGCUACUCUGGUUUCUCAGAUUGGUUUGUUCUCUCAGUUGCUGUUCUUGAUGCUGUCUUCUAUCUUACUGUUGUAGAACAAGAGAGGAUUUCCUUGCUUUGAUCUUAUUCUAUACAGACUAUAAUAUGUUAUAUUGUUUAAGAAAUUUUCCUGCUCAUCUAUGUGUUUAUAGUUUUGUUAUGUA